AUGGGUUCUAUGGGAAAUGCCACCGUGUGUGUGACUGGAGCAGCUGGAUAUAUCGGAUCAUGGCUUGUUAUGAGGCUUCUUGAGCGUGGCUAUAUUGUUCGUGCCACCGUCCGGAAUCCCGGAGAUGUGGACAAGUUGAAAUGCCUCAAAGAAUUACCAAAUGCCAGCAAGAAUUUGACCAUAUGGAAGGCGGAUUUGAGUGUCGAAGGUAGCUUUGAUGAAGCCAUUCAAGGUUGUGAUGGAGUUUUUCAUGUGGCUACCCCCAUGGAUUUCGAAUCCAAAGACCCUGAGAAUGAAGUGAUCAAGCCAACAAUCCAAGGGGUUUUGAGCAUCGUAAGAUCAUGCGUGAAGGCGAAAACAGUUAAGAGGCUCGUUUACACUUCAUCCGCCGGAACUGUAAACGUUGAAGAACACCAGAAGCCUGUCUAUGAUGAGACCAACUGGAGCGAUUUGGAAUUCAUAUAUUCCAAGAAAAUGACUGGAUGGAUGUACUUUGUUUCAAAGCUUUUGGCUGAGAAAGAAGCCUGGAAAGCAGCCAAGGAAAACAAUAUUGAUUUCAUCAGCAUUAUUCCAGUGCUAGUUGUUGGUCCAUUCAUUACGCCUUCAUUCCCUCCAAGCCUGAUAACAGCUCUUUCACUGAUAACUGGGAACGAGGCACAUUAUUCAAUCAUUAAGCAAGGUCAAUUCGUUCAUGUGGACGAUCUAUGCGCGGCCGAAAUAUUCUUGUACGAGGAUCCCAAAGCCGAGGGAAGAUAUAUUUGUUCAUCUUACGACACGACAAUUCACAAUUUGGCGAAAAUGAUCAGAGAGAAAUGGCCUGAAUACCACAUCCCUGAAUUGAAGGGUAUAGAUAAGGACUUACCUGUGGUAUCCUUUUCUUCAAAGAAGUUGAUUGGAAUGGGCUUCCAGUACAAGUACACAUUGGAAGAUAUGUUCAAGGGGGCCAUUGAAACUUGCCGUGCUAAAGGACUGAUUCCUCGUUCAACCCAAGAAAAUGGAGAUGAGAAGGCUCUAAGUCCCGCUUCAACCAAUAUCAAUGAAAAUACAAAAGACAGAGAACCACUUAAGGCUAUUAAGAACCAGGCAUUUGGCCAAGAGAAUGAUGGGUUGAUCUCUUAA